AUGUCCGGCAUCGACUUCGCCGCGCUCCGUCGCGAGCGCGAGGCUCGCCAAGGUGCCCCUUCGUCGGCUGCCACUGCCGCCUCUUCAGGGAGCACCACCGACGUCACCUCCGGAGGGCGGCGGCUCGACGGCGUGGAGGUGGAGCUGUCACCCGCUGCUGAGCGUCAGGCUGGGCCAGUGAUCUACGUCGGUGGCGCGUGCAAAGACGCAUCCGGACACCACGCGCUCCGACCAGCCGCGGUGCCGCCUUCGGCGGUGGAGGUGGACUGCCGCAAGUCGGGCACCGAGGUUCGCGUGCGCGGCAAUGUGGCCACGCUCACCGCGGGCCUCGGUAGCCUGCACGACCGGAAACCAGCUUCCGACGCCGAAUGCGAGAGGGUGGUCGAGUUUCUGCAGCGCGAUGCUCGGGCGAUCGACGCCUCACUCCGGCGAGGCGAGUCGGUCUGGGUCCACUGCGGGUUCAACCGCGGCCCGAGCGGCCUGCUCGCCUACCUCCUCCUCUACACCGACGCCUCGUGGGACGAGGCGUGCGGCGCGCUCAAGGCGGCACGGCCGAGAGCGCGCGGGCGGCACAACACUUUCCGGCAGCAGCUUGAGCAGCUCGCCGACGGGCCAAAGGCGAACGUGCUGCUCGCCGACCACCGCUCGCUCGACAUCCGUGACGGCGGGAAUGACCCGUGCGACGACGACCGCCGCUAA